CGUCAUCUAAGCAUUUCACUAGCUACUUUGUGCCAUGGCAGCUGCUAAUAAGUUAUUCUUAUGUUAUGUUGCUGCUGUUCUUGUUUUUGUCCUUGCUGUGAUAACUUGCAAAGCUUCUACAACAUACACGGUUGGCGGUACCUCUGGUUGGGACAUUAGCACUGAUCUUGAAUCAUGGGUUCAAGACAAGACAUUCGCCGUUGGUGAUAUUCUAUUAUUUCAGUACUCACAAAUCCACAGCGUGAGCGAGGUGCCAAAAGAAAGCUACGACCAAUGUAACAUGACAAAAGUGAUAAAAACAAGCAGUGACGGUAACACUUCAAUUCCGUUAACAACUCCAGGCCAACAUUACUUUGUCUGUUGGAAUGGAUUACAUUGCUUGGGAGGAAUGAAAAUUCAAGUAACUGCUAUCGGAGGGGCGAAUUCUCCUGCAAAUGCACCUCGAGGAAGUGCCGCUGGUCCUUCUGGUUUGGUACCUGGUAGUAAGAAGAACCAACCUACACUAUCUUCUUCAAAUGUCAUCAACGGUGGAAGUGAUUAUCUUGUUCUAGGUGCUCUUUGCAUUGUGGGAACUGUUUUAUCCCUCAUCGGUAGUUGAACCAACUCAUAGCAUUAUAUAUUUUUUGAAGCUAUAUCAUUUGGAGAAGCUUGCAUUUUCAAGUUUCACGCAUAUGUAAGAGGUUAAUUACAUUCAAUGAAUAUAUCAGGUAUUUGCAUGCAA